AUGACUGCUUUGAGCUUUGAGGGGGGCUUCGAUUUCGGUACCGAAGUCAACCACAAUGAAUACCCUUCCAAUUCGAAUCAUCACCCCCAGACCCGUGCUGUGUCUGGCAAGCCUCCACCAAGGAAAAGGAGGAGGAUAGUCAUUUCUUGCACCGAGUGUCAUCGGAGGAAACAAAAGUGUGACCGUAAACUUCCCUGCACAAAUUGCAUUUCCCGCCAGAGACAAGACGAUUGCCAGUAUGACUCUGGAGCACCCACCGCGAAAGAACAACAGCGGCACCAGCAGCCAAAGCGAGCACAACGGACCAGCUCCAAUGGAAUAAGUCUAACAUCUCCCGAACCUGGUGCCGAUGGGAGUAUGGAUAACAUCGCCGAGGAGCAGUGGUCAGGUAAAUCCUCUACCAAUGAUAACGAUCACCUUAACCUCCCCUCCAAUGUCUCCAACGUCGCCAACCUCGGUUACUCAACCACCGGCGCCUCAACUUCUACCAUCGGCUUUUUACACAAGAUCGAAAACCACUCCAAUUCAUCCUCAUCACCUCACUCGUACCCUCCACUCCCACCAUGCAACGGCGGUGACCGAGCAUCAACAUCGGCAAACGACGUCGUCAACCGCUACAAGUCGCUUAUCCGCCUGCUGCCGCAAAGACCUUACGUCGAGAAGCUGGUGGAUAGUUAUUUCCACAACUUCAACUGGCAGUACUACAUGCUGGAUAGAGACAUCUUCGAUAAGCAGGUGGAGGAGUGGUAUAAGAUUCCGUUUGAUGUGUUUAAUAAUGGGGGACCGGGGGCAAUACUGCCGGAUCUGAGGGUGUUUCCGGCGUUGUUGUUUCAGGUGGUUAGUAUCGGGAUGCUGGUUUUGCCUGAGAAGGCUGGUAAGGGGGGUCGAGGGGAUUUGAAAACUGGUCAUGGAAAUGGGAUGGGUAAUGGAAAGGAAGACAAAAGAGCAGGGACUGAGGGGCAAAAGGGUCAGGGAGACAGCGCAGGUGUAGACUUUGAGGCUCUCAAGUAUGCUGGAAGCAUGACUUUCGAAGAUCUAGCAACGGAGUACAGCGAGUCCGGGGUGGCUAUUGUGUCACUGUUGGGAAAGAGACAGAUGACACUAACGACAGUUCUGGCUGGGUUCGUGAGGGCUUCAUUUCUGAAGUUUAUUGGAAUGGUUCCUGAAGCUGCACCGCCAUCCGUGACGCCCAAGAACUCGGCCUUCAUCGUUCCUCCUUUGAACCUCGACCUCCCCCCGUCCGCCUCCGCCGAGGCUAUCCUUCAAAACCAAUGGGAAAUACAACGCCGUCGCAAAGUCUGGCUCAACCUCGUAACCUGGGACAUUCACUGCGGCGCCACGCUCGGCCGGCCCUCCACCAUUGACCUAACCAGCAACCCUCCUAUCCUGCCCAUAGACGUCGCCCUUCCCAUCACCUUCACGAACUUCCGCUCUCCAACGCCUUUCAUCCCUCGCUCUGAAGAUGACCCUCCAACACCCCUAACCCGCAUCCUCUUCUCCUACAAAAUAACACUACAACUAGUCUCCAUCCUCUCCCUAGAAAAAGAAGGUGCCUCUCCAGCGUCCUUCUCCAAAGUUGACACUCUCCACCAAUCCCUCCUCGACUUGGAGAAUUCCAUUCCUCCUUACUUCCGUCUCCAGGACCCGAACACGCGCUUCGAUUCCCUCCAGCAAUGCUACUGGCUCCCCUGGGCCCGCGCCCUCCUGCCACAGUUAACAGCCUUUAACUUUAUGGCUUUACACCGCCCCUACAUAUUUACCCGCCCUUUAUCUCGGCAGCUGGCAGUGGAAAAGGGGUGUUUGGCGAUGUUGAGAGCGCAGAGAAGACAUUGGGAGAUGUUAAGCAGGGAGAUGAGGAUGAAGACUUUUACGUUGUUUUUUGGGACUUUUGAUGCGGUGGUUUUGAUGGGGGCUGUUUAUAUUCUUUUUUUCUCCUAUUCAAAGGGAGAAGGGGGAUGA